GUUUGCACCAAAAAGAAACCCAUUAAUUUAAGGUACAGUAAACAAAAUGGACCAGCGAAGAUUGUGUGGCGUGCAUUGGAGUGCCGUAGGAAUUCUAGCUGUUAUAUUUUAUCUAAUCGAUCGGACCUUUGCGCAAGUGGAUGGCUAUGAACCCGGUCAAGAUUACCCAACAUACACUGAGGUGCCAAAAGGUCUAUCGUUCACCUGUGAUGAUAAGAUACCCGGGUACUAUGCUGACCCGGAAACAAUGUGCCAGGUAUGGCACUGGUGUGUGCCAAGUAUUGGUGGAAACAUAAUGUACUCAUUCGUCUGCGGUCCAGGGACCGUAUUCAACCAGAGGUUGAGGGUUUGUGACUGGUUUUUCAAGGUGGACUGUCCAAACGCGCCAGCCUAUUACUCAGUCAACGAAGACCUGUAUAAAGACGAAGCAGGCAACUACAUCGCAGGAAAAAAGUAGACUUAAAACUAACGUUUUAUUAGCACCGUAGUUUAGUUUACACUGUUUGGGGGAUCAUUUGACAUUGGUUAAUGCAACGCCCUUAAAAACUUACGUUGCUUCUUGUUCAUUUGCGAAUAAUACACACAGUAUGAAAUUUAAACCGACUAAUGAUUAAUAUGCGAGUUAAUAAUAGAAGCUAUCUUGAUCUGUUCUUCGUGUUCUUGAUAUAACCACAAAUAGAGACGAAAUGUAAUUUAAUUUGU